AUGUCUGAGAAUGUUGGUUCAGGGACAGGGUCUUCGCUUCCUAGUAUUCCUAGACCAACACCUGCUAUUUCUAGGAGAAAAAAUGCAACUGAAAAUAGAAGUGAUAUAGGAUGGAAACAUGGGAUUGAUGUUCAAGGAAAUGGUAAAAAAGUGAAGUGUAAUUAUUGCUCAAAGACUAUAAACGGAGGAAUUUAUAGAUUCAAGCAUCAUCUUGUCGGUACUAAAGAGGAUUCAGAGCCUUGUGCUUCAGUACCUGAAGAAGUUAAGGCUGUGAUGUUGAAAGUCUGUGUGGAGGAUAAAGAAGCAUCAUUGAAAAAGAGAAGAUUCGGUGAUGAUGAGGAUUAUCCUGAACAAACAAAAAAUGAGAAGGACAAUUCUCAACAAAAGGGGAAAGAUAUUCGCAACUUUGUCACAAAAGAAAAAGGGGCUCAAGUUCAAUCAACAAUAAAUCAAAUAAUGAAGAAGGAUCUAAAGAAACAAUGUGAUCAACAAUGUGCCAUAUUUUUCUAUACAAGUACAAUUCCUUUUAAUGUUACUAAGAAUUCUGAGUUUUUAAAGUUUUGUGAGAUGGUUGGAAGAUAUAGAAUUGGCUACAAACCCCCUUCUUACCAUGAGUUAAGAGAAACCCAAUUAAAGAAAGCAACGACCAAUGUUGAUGAAAUGCUUACUGAGUUUAAGGCAGAGUGGAAGAGAACUGACACUUCUGACAUAUCAAAAAUAACGGAUAAAGUUGUCAAAAUGCUAGAAGAUGCUGAAGAAUUUGUUGACGAAGAGAAUGUAGUCCAAAUUGUUACAGAUAAUGAUGUUAAUUAUAAGGCUGCUGGAGAAAAAAUGAUGAAGACUAGAAAAAAUUUGUACUGGACACCAUGUGCUACACACUGCAUUGAUUUGAUAUUGGAGAAUUUUAAAAAGAAGCUAAAGGUGCAUGAAACAACCAUGAAAAAGGGAAGAAAAAUCAUCACUUUUAUCUACUCCCGGAGUAUGCUCAUUAGCAUGUUGAGAAAUUUUACAAAAGGAAAGGACUUAGUUCGGCCAGGUGCCACAAGAUUCGCCACUGCCUAUUUGACUCUCACUUGUCUUCAUGAUAAUAAAGGACCGUUGAUGACUAUGUUUACUUCUGAUGAUUGGAAGACAACUAAAGUUGCAUCAACGCCUGAAGGAAUAAGAGUCCAAAACAUAGCCUUGGAUAGUAGGCUAUGGAAGAAUAUUGUCAUAUGCCUCAAGACUACUGCUCCUCUCAUUACAGUCCUUCGGUCUUAA